AUGAACCCAAACUCGAACCUCAACACCGGUCGCACCCGCUCAGGCGGCGGCGGCGGUAGUUUCACCGACCAGUUCAACGCAAACGUCGACUAUACCCGGAACAAGAAGGGCCAGGGCCAAGGUGGCACCACGGAUAUGGGCCAGUCCCAGAGCCAAAGCACCUUUGGACAGGGCACCUUCGGUCAGAACCUAGCGCAGGCCCAGGCCGAUGCGCAGGACGAGGCUCAGGCUGGUUCUGCUCCAGAUCCGCGCGGCCCUGCUGUUGGAACUGGCGGUGCUGCUACCGGUACUAAGGCUGCUUACGGGAGUGAUAUCACCCAGGAGCCUACAGAACUUGAAACUAGCAUUGACAGUACCAAUGCGGGCGUUGACCAUCGCCGGACAAGUUACUCGUUCACCGCGGCCGAUCUGGCGCAUCCCGAUGAUAGGACCGGUCCUGAGGAGUGA